AACGAAAAAGCUUUAAUCAAUAAGAAGCAGGUGGUGCUUGACUGUGGCUAUAAAUGUUUGAGGGGCCUGGUUACAGUGUCACGAGUGUACGAUGAAAUGAAAGAAAUGAUGAUUUGUAACUUUUAUCUAUCUCUUUUGUUCUUCAUCAGCGUCCUUUGUGUGUUGAAGUUCGCAACAAAAACAAAAACCAAACCCAAAACCAAACUGAAUUUACCCCCAUCACCACCAAAACUACCAUUCAUAGGCAAUCUUCAUCAGUUUGGCACUCUUCCACACCGCUCUCUUCGAAACCUCUCACUCAACCAUGGUGGUAUCAUGUUACUGCAGUUGGGGCAGAUGGAGAAUCCAACUCUGGUGGUUUCAUCCGCAGAGGCGGUCACGGAAAUCAUGAAAACCCAUGACCUGGCCUUUUCCGACCGACCCCAAAACAUUGCUGCAAAAAUCUUACUCUAUGGUUGUACUAACAUCGCCUUUUCACUCUAUGGCCAAAAUUGGAGACACAAAAGGAAAAUAAGUGUCCUUCAACUUCUCAACAUGAAAAGGGUUCAAUCACUUCAUCAAAUCAGAGAAGAAGAAGUUGCCAACUUGGUGAAUAAGCUACGUGAUGUGAGCUCCAGUGAUGAUGAGUGCUAUGUGAAUCUGAGCGAAAUGCUUAUGUCCACAUCCAGCGACGUCGCGUGUAAAUGUGCUCUCGGACGGAAAUACUCCGGCGAUGGUCACAGCAGAGUGAAAGAGUUAGCGAACGAUGUUAUGCAUCAGCUUGUGGCCUUCACUGUGGGAGAUUACUUCCCUUUGCUGGGUUGGGUUGAUUUUCUCACUGGAAAAAUUCAGGAGUAUAAGGCCACUUUUCAUGCACUGGAUGCUUUAUUUGACCAAACAAUUGCGGAGAAUUUGACAGAGAACAUGGAAGGUGACCACUCCGAAAACAAAAGCUUCGUCAACGUCCUACUCCAACUUCAACAGAGUAACAACCUUAACUUCGAACUCACCAAAAAUGACGUCAAAACACUUCUCUUGGAUAUGUUCGCUGGAGGAACCGACACAACUGCAGUAACAGCAGAAUGGGCUAUGUCAGAGCUUAUGAGAAACCCAGCCAUAAUGAAGAAAGCGCAGGAAGAAGUGAGAAAAAUCGUGGGACAUAAAUCGAAGAUAGAAGAAAGUGACAUGAGCCAAAUGCAUUACCUGAAAUGUAUUAUCAAAGAAACUCUAAGGUUGCAUCCAGCUGCUCCACUUUUGGCUCCAAGGACAACAAUAUCCAGUGUGAAAUUGAGAGGAUACGACAUUCCAGCAAAAACAUUGGUAUAUGUUAAUGCAUGGGCAAUUCAUAGAGAUCCUAAUUUCUGGGAAAGUCCCGAAGAAUUCACACCAGAGAGAUUUGAAAACAGCCAAAUUGAUUAUAAGAGUCAACAUUUUCACUAUAUUCCAUUUGGUUUCGGGAGAAGAGGGUGUCCUGGAAUCUAUUUUGGACUUGCUUUGGUUGAGUAUUUUCUGGCCAACCUUCUUUGUUGGUUUGAUUGGAAGUUACCUGAGUCGGAUGAACAUAAAGAUAUAGAUAUGAGUGAGAAGUUCGGACUUGUUGUCUCAAGGAAAAUACCCCUCUAUCUUAACCCAGUAACUUUUCCUUCUAAGUUCUAAAAUUGCUGUGAAUUGUCGUCUGCAGAAUUCAUCUGUUCUAUUGUUUUAUCUAUAUUUUAAAUUGCGCCACUUGUUUAGAAGCGUAAAAUUUAGAAUCUGUAGUACGUUUGUGUUGCAAACUUUGUUCUAUGUAUUUUCUGAUUUAGUCAGCAGAAUAUUUGAGUCUUAUUUUCAGUUGUGUAUUUAGUCUAUUUUCAAAGGUACUGGUUAUCCUGAAUAAAGUAUGAAAAUAAUUCUGCCA